AUGGACAACCAUCAAAGGAAGAACCUGGCUUUCAAUCUGAACAUCGCGAAGAGUAAGGAGUCGGUGCCAGCAGCCAGAGUCAAACUGGUAGACGAAGGCGAGGUGACGAUGAUCGGCUGUUCCGCAGGACCAAGAUCGCCAAAAACGAUCAAUGUUUUCAUUGAUGGGAAAAUGAGCAAGCUGGACAUGAAUGGGACAUGGGGAAUGCGCUCUUGGAACGCUCUGCAUGGUGCUCAUGCUGUGCGUAUGGCACCUGUGGUGCUUUUUCUGGAAGUGAAGGCAGCAGAACAAGCUGCAAGGGCAGAAAGGGAGGCUGGACGUCUCAAAAGGAUGAACGUUCUGCCCGCUGCUAGGUAUGUCAGCCGGCCUUUGCUGGAAGAAGAGUUGCUGCCGCGCUUGUUGCCCACCGCCCGCGGCGUGGUCCGGGUCUUCAGCGCAGAGCUGGCCGAACGGGAAGGUGCAUCCCCACUGAAAGGCUUGAAGCCUCCAAGGCCCAAGACGCUGGAUGAUCUCUUUUCGGACGAGCCCGACUUCCGGAAGCCCUCCUACUACGCCAGCGGCAUCGACGAAGAGGGUCACGACGAUCCAUUCCUCCGGUACGAGCUUACCUCUGUGCUGCUCCUUUGUGAAUCAUCAGGCUUCAUCUUGGCGUUCCAUUGCUUGCAGGCAAAGGAUCCUUGCUCGUGA